AUGCCUAUACCAGAAGGAACGAGUGAGAAACCCGGGCAGCGAAUGGCAAAGGUGUCACCAAGGCUAACUAAAAUCAGGGUCGACUUCCUCCCAAUCAUCCGUCAUGAUAGACGAACGACUUUUGUUUCAGAUGAAGCGGCGGUCAGAUUCAAGCAGUCACGAGGACUAUCGGCUUCUGUGAACGUUCUUAGCCCAGAAGAAGAAUCCAAACAACAUCAGAAGAAAAAAUUCAGCUAUCGUGGGCCAGCAGCUCGACGUGCAGGUCGACGUGGUGCGCUGCAGAAGUCGCAGGUGGCGGCGUCAGCUACGAACUUGGAUCAGUUGAAGAGCGACGGAAACACCAUCAGGGUUGAGAAGCGCUCGAUGAGUGUGCGAGAUCUGAACGGUGAGGAGUUUGACUUCUCCAACAAGGAUUCCGUCACCAGAUGGACGUCACAAAUUUUGGCCGAAUUGGACUCGCUGCCGUCGAGCUGUGUCAAUUUAACAGAAACGGGGAAAAUUGAUGGCCUCCCACUGUUCUUUCGGAGAGCUGAUCGAAAAGUCGUGAACGGCUCGCAUAUGAACGAUUGUCGAAGGUAUUCUACGCUGCAGACACGCUCGUCAUCAAAACCGCCUCCAGUCCCACCUCAUCGCCAGUCAAUGUUUGAAGGAACAAAAGGACUAAUGGAUAACCUAUCAGCCAGUGACGGCAUGAUGACAUCAUCGGUAAUUGAACCAAUGACGUCCGCGUUCGGUUCGACAAAAAGCAACCUUGGCAGUGUGCCAAAGGGUCUUGAAGACAACCUUACGGCGUCGAUCGAUAACAUAAACUCGUGGAUUUCGUCGUUUGAAAGUCUGAUGACGACGUCUUUCCAUGAUGUCAUGCGGGACUCAAUGUAUUCGACAAGAAGUGAUUGCAGUUCGACAAUUACUAGGGAUCGAGAGGAUUCUAACGCAGCGACACUCGUGGCAUCGUCGUCAGGCUCGGAUGGCGAAGGAACACCAUUAGCAGUCACGCCAGUUCCUGCCGAAAACGCUCCUGCUAUGUCGGAAAAGCCCGGCUCGUCGGAAGCAACGAUGAUUUCCAACCGCAUGAACACCAGUUCAGCACACCAUGUAGAGUUUGAUGUGAGUGAAUUACUUCAUCGGCUGUCUCAUAUUGUUAGAGAAGUCCUAACAUAG